CAUAAAAUUAUGUUUAAUAACUGAGAGAACGACAGUUUACUACGAAUUACUAGUCGUUACAACAGAGGCUGGGAAUUCAUCUUUAGAAAUAAUGGAAAACCGUUACGCUUUAUUUCAUGUCGCAUUAAUGCUAAACGUUCUUAUCUGUGUUUCCUUCACGGGAGUGAUAUGCGCAACGAUGCCGAGUAUUACAACAGUUAUGAAGGUUGAUAGAAAUCUAUCAUGCAAGGCAUCUCAAUUUUUAUAUGAUUUAGAAUAUACAAAACGUUGUGCAUCAUUGCCAUAUCUUAGUGCUUCUUCUUUAAGCUUCAGUUAUCAAAAUUUAGAUACUUUUUUGUGCUUAGGAAUUUACGAUACGGCAUACAAGGUUUGUCAAUAUUCUAAUUCUGUAUUAUUACCUCAAUUUAUGGAGGAAUUUAUUCCUAGUGGAAAUUCAACCCAAGAAAGUAAAUUUUGCAACAGUUUACAAGGAUUCACAUCAUCAUACGAUAAAAUAGAUUUACUUUUGAAAUCAUUAGUUGAACAUCUUAAUAAACCGAAUAAAUGUUCGAUGAUAUGUUUUGGCUUAGAAGAUAAAUUGAAUCAAGUAUGUGCACUAUUUGCUUGGAUUAAGAAAAUUGAUGACAAAGUGAUGAAAAAGGCAAAUGGAAUGGAAAAAGAUCCUGUAACAUCUGAUAAAGAUAAACCAUCUAUAACUCAAUCAAAUGAGACAGUAAAUAAAAUGAGAAUCGAAGCUGAUAAGAUACAAAAGAAAAUAGAAACAAUAGAAACAAAUGAAAAUAAACAGAAUACAAAUUCUGAGAAUAAUAAUAAUGAUGAUGUUGGAAAAGAUAAUUUAAACGUGUCUACAAAUUUAGAACUUGAGAAUGAGAAAGCAAAAUCUGUCACUGAAAAAUCAAUUGAACACAAAAAGAUAUUACCAAUAUUGCCAGACAUACAGACUCAGAAAUCGAUAUCUCCAACCAUUGAAGAAAAUAGGAAUAUUAUUGAUAAUAAAGCUGCAACUGAUGAAAUUACAAAAUUUAAAGACACUCCUACAAAUAGUAAAUCUCAAGUUUCGUCGACAAACAAUCUUGUAGGUAAUGUGCCAAAUAAAGAUGCUGCAAAUCCUGAAGAGGAAAUUUACAAGGAGCAAAAUACUGAUGAUUUAAAAACUAGUACGCUAUCUGAAAAUACACAAGACAAUUAUAACGCCGCAAAUCAAGAAGAUGUAGAAGAUGUAGAGGAUACAAUUCAACAAUCAACAAGGAAUCAAAAUGAAAAUAUACAAGAAGUCUUUGAACAGAAAAAUGUACAGUAUCCUAGUAUAAGAACAGAGGAUGGUCCUCAUUUCUUUACUUAUUUUACUGUGGUCACAGUGGCAUGUAUUGCUGGAUAUAUAGGUUAUCAUAACAAGCAAAAGAUACUUGCUAUUGUAUUAGAGGGUCGAAGAUCCAGAAAUAAUCGUGGUAGACGGCGACCAAGCACGGCUAAUUACCGAAAAUUGGAUUGUACGCUUGAAGAAGCCGUUACAUCGCAAUGUAACGCUAACGUUACUCAUGUCAUUUAUUAACGAGAGUAAUAUGUCACGAAUUUUAUAAUAUCUGUAUUAUAGUAUUGCAAGUGUAAUAUAUAUUUUGUAUUUAAGAGCAUACUUUCUUAGCAUACCAUUUAAUUUUUUAAAUAUUAUUUUAUAUUUUAGCAUCAAUUUGUCACAAAAGCAAAAUUUAUAAUAUAAUAUACGAUGAUAAAAUGUUUGAUGAGGUAUUAGAAAACAUAUAAUUACAUAUUUUUGAUUUA